AUGAAAUACAUCAUAGGCAUCGGAGGCGUCACCAACGGCGGCAAAACCACCCUGACCAACCGCCUCACCAAGGCGCUGCCCAACUGCUGCGUGGUGCACCAGGACGACUUCUUCAAGCCACAAGAUCAAAUAGAAGUCGGGGAAGACGGCUUUAAACAAUGGGAUGUGUUGGACUCCUUGGAUAUGGAGGCAAUGGUGAGCACAGUACGGGCGUGGAUUGAGAACCCAGUGAAGUUUGCCCGUUCCCAUGGGGUGAAUGUCACACCUGGCUCUAAAGAGCCAGCCUCCCAAGAUCCCCAUAUAUUGGUCAUUGAAGGCUUCCUGCUUUAUAAUUACAAACCUCUGAUAGACCUGUUCGACCUUCGCUACUACUUGGCAGUUCCAUACGAUGAAUGCAAGAGGAGGAGAAGCACACGGAACUACACCGUUCCCGACCCGCCGGGUCUCUUUGAUGGACACGUCUGGCCCAUGUACUUGAAGCACAGGAAGGAAAUGGAGGACAGUGGAGUUGAUGUUGUUUAUUUAGAUGGCCUGAAGUCUCGAGAUGAGCUCUACAAUCAAGUCUUUGAAGAUAUUCACAACAAGCUUUUGAAUUGCUGA